AUAUGAUAUAAUACUGGUAGCAGGUCGUUAAGAGACCGACUCUUUUUUAUUCUUAAUCUUAAUCUUAGGAUUAAAUGACAAUCCUAACAAUUCUGUAUGAGAAAGAAAAAACGUAAACUUAUCUUUCAGAUGAUGUUGUACUAGUAUUGUUUUCUCGUCUUCCUUCCGUUGAGUCAUCCGGCGAUGCGGCGAGAAUCUCGAUCGUCGUCUUUCGACGUAAAUCGAUUUCCGUCAUCGAUCCGGGCGCCAGCGGCCGUCCCGAUCUCCAGUUUUCGUUCGACAGCUGUUUCACACUCUACUUCUCCAGUCCAACAGCUGACCUAAAUAAACAAUGUUAAUUCGAUCCGUUUGCAAAUUUAAAAAUCUCGUCCGGCCGACUUUUCCCGUUCGAAAGAGUUAAUCGGAAAGGAGGAGCGGCGAUCCGGACAAAAAGCGGGGCGGCGUUAUGUAGUUGGCAGUCGAUUUCCACAUAGAGUCUGUCUCUCUUUUCCUCCAGUCUCCAGGGCCGUCCGCUACAUUCACGACUCACGACUCUUCAACCGGGCGGACUUUUCGUCUUUCGACGAUGGUCUUCUCAGAGGCAGCCGGCUACGCGACCAGAGCGACUGCGUCUUUUCCUACGGCCGCACCUCAAAACGGCACUCAGUCCUUACCGAGCCAGGAAGCUUUUUGCAAACUCAUUUUGUAUAUUGAAGUGCCGAAUUCCAGAAUACAAGUAUGGGAUUUAGUGAUGUUUAUACCAAACAUAUUAUUUUUGAUAUUCCUCGCUGUAAGAUUCAAUCGAGCUAGGCUUAAGUUAAGAGCUACAUCUAGUCCAAUAUUUAUGGCAUUUUAUGGACUUGUUGUAAUAAAUGUCGUAAUAAGUUUAUUGAGAUGCAUCGUGUCGAUGACAGUAAAUGCGACAGAGAUGGUUGGCAAUUAUGUUGAUACCAUUCUUUGGGUUUCAGUGAGAUUUUUCCUCCUUUCAACUGAAAUCAGUGUUGUGGUAUUCGGCUUAGCUUGUGGCCAUUUAGAUUCAAGAAGCAGUAUACGACAUGUUCUCUUGGCUACUUCUCUAAUAUCGUUAGCAUUCUCAAGUUCUCAAGCGACUCUUGAAAUCUUCAACCCUGACAAUAAUUUCAAACUCCACGGUAAAGAUUUUAGUUUGUUCGGGCAUGGAGGUAUGCUCUUUUGGUUUAUAUCGUCGAUCGUUUUCACCCUGAUUUAUAUGUCAAUCUUAAUACUACCAUGGACGAGGCUCAGGGAGAGGCUCGCAUUGCCAAGUAAACGAUCAUUUUAUGUUUACAUUAUGAUGUUAGUAUUAUUGAAUUUAACUCAAUCGAUAGGCAGUGGCCUUCUCCUGUACUCGGUUAACGAGGGAUUAUGCGUUGUCGACGUGACGACUUGUUUAUAUUUCACAUUAUUCACCCCACUUGUAUAUCAUACUUUCCUUAGUGAAUUUUUUGGAGUUUCACAACCCAGCAUCAUGUUUUCCUACAAAGCACAAGUAGAUGAUGGAUUGGAAGACGACAUUGUUUCUUUGCCACAUCAACAUUCAUUUUCAUCUUUGAAAACAGAUUCAGAUUACAUUUACCAGGGCAAUAAUGUGUAUGACUCAACUCAAUUUGAUAAUAAAGGCUUGGUGGAUAAUUCUAUCUCUCUUCAGAGUCCUGAUAGUAUUGCUGGCUAUAGUCUUGAUAGCCAAACGAUUGACCUUCCUACUAAUACAAAAUAAGAAUCAUAAAAAAAAUUACAUCUGAGCUGUGAAG